AGGCGCAGCCGCCCGGGAGUCCGGCCAACGGUCCCGGAGACUGCGGUGGCGCCCGAGCCGCUGCUGCCACUGCCACCGCUCGCCAUGGGCCCGGGUCCCCGGCUGCUGCUACCUCUCGCGCUCUGCGUGGGGCUCGGCGCGCUCGUGCCUUCUGCGGAGGCCUCGCGCGUCGGCAGGCGAGGCCCCUCGGUGACGGCCAAGGUCUUCUUUGAUGUGAGGAUCGGAGACAAAGAUGUUGGCAGAAUUGUGAUUGGCCUCUUUGGAAAGGUUGUGCCCAAGACUGUGGAAAAUUUUGUCGCUCUGGCCACAGGCGAGAAAGGCUACGGAUAUAAAGGAAGCACAUUUCAUCGCGUCAUCAAAGAUUUCAUGAUUCAAGGAGGAGACAUCACCAGUGGGGACGGCACCGGCGGUAUAAGCAUUUAUGGUGAGACAUUUCCAGAUGAGAACUUCAAACUGAAGCAUUAUGGCAUCGGGUGGGUCAGCAUGGCCAACGCUGGGCCUGAUACCAAUGGCUCUCAGUUCUUCAUCACCUUGACCAAGCCCACCUGGUUGGACGGCAAACAUGUGGUAUUUGGAAAAGUCCUUGAUGGAAUGACAGUGGUCCACUCCAUAGAACUGCAACCAACUGAUGGGCACGACCGUCCGCUCACCGACUGCACCAUCGUCAGCAGUGGCAAGGUAGACGUGAAGACACCCUUCGUGGUUGAGGUCCCUGACUGGUGAUACAACGGGCAGAAAACAAAGAACACGCUCUGGCAGGGAUGCGUGCAUGUGUGUGUGUGUGUGUGUGUCUUUUGAUUCUCCAAAGUUAUUGUUUGCCUUUCUGUUUUGUUUUGGUUUGUUUUUACUUCUGUUUUCUACCCCCGAUCACAGGGAAGUUCAGAACAUCAGCCACUCAGUGUUUACUUUGCAUGAACUGCAGUAAAUCACUUGCCUUGGGACUUUGCACUUAGAAGACUUAUCCUCUUUCUCCAAUGGUGCUAUUUUUAAACUAGAAGACUUUGGAUGAUCUCUUUUCUUUCUAUGAGCACAAUCAUUAUUCUGCUGAAUUAAAUGUGAUCCUCAGGUUGAGGGAUGCUGAAGAUUUGUCUGAAGAAGAUGGGGACAUGAAGUUUGUUAUUUUAUAUUCAAACAAAUUCUCUGCAGGUAAAGAGAGAUGUGACUAGUGCAAUCAGAUAUAUGUCAUCAGGACUUUUACCUGGUGGAAGGUGCUUCUGUGUUCUCUAUAUUAAAUGCUUUUUAUAUAGGUCAA